GGUCGUUGUCGCUAUCGGCUCAUUGGUGGAGAGGAGUGACGGGGUCGAUGGAAGGCGAUUCGCUGUGGGUGAUAUUGGAAUACCGGAAGAUGCGGGAUAUAUGCUGGUUACAAGACUACUCAAUGAAGGUGUCUAUACUGGAGGUGGAGGAAAUGGAUAAUUAUGAUGAUGGUAGGAGGAGGAGGAGGAAGUGGUCAAGAUGUCGUGGCGUUGUAUGGAAAAGUUUCCCUCUGUCCGGUGAGGCGAAGUAGUGUCGUAGAAGAAGACCAAUGGAGCAAAAGGUGGAGUACUCUAUGGAAGGCGACGACGACGGCGUUAAUGAUGAUGAUGAUGAUGAUGAUGAUGAUGAUGAUGAUGAUACACGACUGGCUUUUAGAUGCUCCGAUGAGUGAGAGAAGAGCAGAGGCGGAGAUGGAGGAGAAGAGCAGAGACAGAGACGGUGGUGAAUUGCUGGAUGCUUUCUCUCUUUCCCUCUCGCGGAAUGGAAAUCGGGUUUCCCUCGAAAGUUGGUGGUGAUGAUGCCCGCCCGUUGAUGAGUGUGCGCUUUUGGUGACGUAAUCCUGGCGAGGCGGCAGGGCACGGUAGGGUUUCGACGUAUUGGGUGGUGGAGGAGGAGGAAGAGGGCACGAGACACGCACAAU